GCGCAGUGCCGUGAAUCUGGACCUCAGGCGAGGAGGCAGCAAUAGUGAAGGAUUUUCAGCAAUGUGGACAGCAGAUGAAAUUGCCAGUAUGUGCUACGCACAUUAUUCUACCAAGCUACCAAAGAAAGGUCUGCCAAAUCCUGGACAAGAAUGGACUCUGCUUGCAGCUGUGGUAAAAGUUGAGGAGCAGCCAAACAGGCAAUCAGUUUUCAACAGUGAGAGCAAUGAUGUAUACCUGGAAGUUGUUGCUAUGGGAACUGGAUCAAAAUGCGUUGGACAGACAAAAAUGAGUAAAAGUGGCAAUAUUGUUAAUGACAGCCAUGCAGAGGUGACUGCACGACGUGGGUUCCUGAGGUAUUUAUAUUGUCAACUUAAAGAAGCAUUCACCAACAAAUAUAGCAUCUUUAUCAAAAGCGGACAAAAAGCAAAAUGGAAACUGAAGCCUGGCAUUACAUUUGUGUUCUUUACAAGCCAUACUCCAUGUGGUGAUGCUUCCAUUAUUCCAAUGAUAGAAAAUCACAACAAACCUUUAGUGAAAAUGAGAGUUGUGGGGAGUGUUGAGCAAAAAGUUAUUGCUGUUCAAGAUAAUAAAAAUAUUGAAGACGCACAAAUAUUAAAUUAUGAAGAGCACUUACUGGACAAAAGACAGAAAUGUGAUUCAAGUUCAGCAGUGAUUCCUGAAAAAAGGAUUAAAAGAGCUAAUGAAACUGGAGACAUAUCUGGAAGCAGCAGCGUUUGUAAAAACAAACCCGAUCAUCAGUCUGCAAAAGGAGGCAUGGACAUCCAGAUCAAUGAUAAUCAACCCUGUGGAGCAGAAACAAUGUCUGAGAGCAAUCACGAUACCUCACUAUUUCAAAGUGCAUUUGCAUUGAACACACAAAAUAACAAACAGAAACAGAUUGAAGUUUCCGAUAUAUACCGAACUGGAGCUAAAUGUGUACCAGGUGGCCUUCAAGAUUCGCUUGGGCCUGGAAUUAAUUAUCACUGCGUUGAAUCCUUGAGAGUGAAACCAGGAAGAGGCAACAGAACAUUAUCAAUGUCAUGCAGUGAUAAACUUGCACGUUGGAAUAUUCUCGGUUGUCAAGGAGCACUUCUCAUGCAUUUCUUUGAAGAGCCAGUGUAUUUCUCUUUUAUUGUAGUAGGGCACUGCCCAUAUAGCGAUGAGGUAAUGAAGAGAGCUAUAAUAGAAAGGUGUCGUCAUGUAGCCUCGCUUCCAAAUGAAUUCAGAGUCCAAGAUGUAAAGAUACAACAGUCUCAGUUGCCGUUUGUACAUAGUCGCCAUUCAGCAUUGAGCAACCAUGAUCCCAGUAAAGGGAGACUUGUACCUUGUGCAGCAGCGUUAAGUUGGAGUGCUGUACCAGACCAACCACUAGAUGUCACUGUAAAUGGCUAUAAACAAGGAGCCACAAAAAAGAUACUGGAAACGCCCCAAGCGAGGUGUAGAAUUUGUAAGGCUGAGCUUUUCAUGGUAUUCCGAGAACUUCUCACUUUUCUUUCUGAACAGAACUACCCAGUUUCCCUUCGUUUUCUUGCCCGCUCUCCCAACUGCAAUCAGUCUGAAGAAGGACACGACCCAAAAGGUCUCCUAUCCUUUUACUCCAGUGAUGCGCCUGCAUUUUGUGCCUGUCCACAGUAGGAUCAUACAGAAUGUCUCUCAGUGGACGAUGAAUACUUGCCAAUUAGGGCAUUGAAGAAUAUGGUGAAAAGGUGGAAUGAUUCCAAUAAUGCGCUGUCAUAAUUCAUAAAUAAAAAAGAUGACUGUUCCGUUUCUGUUCCUAAUCAUUACAUUUCCAGUCAAUUCUGGAGAUUCUUGUGGUAGGCUAAAGUUUCAUAUAAUUGUUUCAGUCACAGUGAAUAUUUGGACUCAUUUAGCUUGAUUUCCAUUGUCACAGUGCCUCACUGCUUAACGUGCAACAGUUGUCUAAUUUUGCCUUUGGAACAAUGGAAAAAAAUGUGAUCCCAACAUUUUCCGAAUGCAAACAUAAAUGAUGCCAAAUGGAAACACAGGAAACUGCAGAUGUUGAGCAGAACAUGAAGUGCUGGAGGAACUCAACGGGUCAGGCAGCAUCUUGGGAGGGAAUGGACAAAUGCCAAAUCAGUUUGCAAUCCAUUUUAUUUUAACUGGAUCUGAACUGUUAAAAAGUGCGUUUGUACUGCCAACAACUGCUUAUUUCUUGGAAUAGUUAUAUAAUGUAAAAACUUUGUUUCGACAGUUUCUUGCAAUAUGACCGGGAGUAAUUAAGUGAUCAACCUUGUGUAAAGGCUUACGUUGAGUGAAAGUUAAUUUUCAAAGAAAGGAUAGAUGUUAACUCUUUUUUAGUCAUAUGUGUGUCAUUUGAUAUUGUAAUCCAGAAUGAAAGAAGGUCAGGAAAGUGUGAUGUUUUUAAAAGUGUGCUAACGAGUUCAGAACAUGCACGUCCUGAUAGCGGAGUCAGGGGAUAUGGUGAGAAGGCA